AUGGAACUGCACAGGUAUUAUUCCAUAUACGUUUCUAUUUAUUUGGCACUGGUGUGCAUCGAGAGCGGUGAGCUGCAGCCUCAAUCCAGUCUCGGGCGGAAAGAUGAGACACAGGUUCGGAUUGAAGCAAUCAAGAAAGCAGUCAUGGAACAACUGGGAGUCGAAAAACCUCUUAUGUCCGGAAUGAAUAUCUCUAGAACGGAGGAGGAGGAGAUGUAUAAACUUUAUCUGCAGCGUGUGCGGAAAUCCAAUCCAAGUUUAUCGAACAAAAAAUCUGUCAGAAUGAAUUCUGUCAACGCGGUUAUUCUGAAGGGAACAACUUUGGAAAACACAAGCAGAACAAAUGAUAUGAACAGCAACAAACAACGACUGUACUUUAAUGUUUCCACUGCCAAGAGCAUAUUCGUAUUUCCUAAAAUAAAGAUCUUGAGAGGUGAACUUAAAUUCUACAAGCGCAUAUGUCAGAAUGCAAAUUUACAUCAGAAGAGGAUAGAUGGAAACCCACAGCUUGUAAGAGUCUACAACUUAUUCAAGCCAGCAACUAAAAGGGCAGAGAUACAGCCUCAUUUUCUUGGUUCUAAAGUUAUUACAUCAAAUUUUGAAAAGGCUGAAACAUUUGACAUUCAAAAAACUGUUGAACAUUGGAUAAAUUAUCCACAGGAAAACUAUGGCCUUGAAUUUGAGCUGCUUCCUUGGCCAUCUAGUAAUAAACAUGAUUCUGAAGACAAGAUGUCUAUUGAAGUAGAACUGGAAAUAGAAGUGCAAAAGAUUUAUAAAGAGGUCCGGACACGUCGUGAAAGCUACACUGAGGACUGCCAGAGAAACCAGAUACGUUGUUGUAGGCGAUCGCUACAUGUGUCUUUUGAGGAGAUUGGAUGGUCAGACUGGAUCCGAGCCCCUCUAAGUUACAAUGCCUUUUAUUGUGAUGGCACAUGUCCACAAAAGUACAAACUUGCCACAAUGCAUACACUUAUCAAAUCAAAGAUGAAUCGACUUUCCAAUGGAGCUAUUCCAGCUCCCUGCUGUGUUCCUGCAUCCUAUGAGCCACUAACUUUGCUCCAUUUUAACAGUAAUGACAAAUUAAUACUCACAGCAUUUGAUAACAUGAUUGUCUCCAAAUGCCAUUGUUCUUAA